AAACAUCUCUACAAGCACGUUCAAUUAUUCAGUCUACUAAAGGAUAGAAAUGAAAUUGAGCUCACCAUGAGGGCUUAUUUUUGCUACGGAAGUCAGUAUGUAAACCAAACACGAAAGGAAAACGCAAAAUUCCAAUGUUUGUGCCUUACACCAUAAAAAAUUAAGAACAUGCCGCUCACCUCAGCCUGACUAAUGGUCGCUCGUUCCGUUUGAUGAAGAUGCUGAAUGAUCUUUAGGCAUAUCCUCAGAAAUCAAACUUAUUCCCACUGUUGUACAACAUGAAAUCAUUCACGGAACCUCAUAAUGAAGUGUCUGUACUAAAUAGGUAAAAAAGGCAAAACUCAUCAACCACUAAGGAUAUUGCUUGCCAUUUCUAACUUGAUCAUCAUUCAUUCAUUCAACAUUAACACUUUUCAUCCUCCAAGUUCAUCGACCACUCUUUGGCAAAGGCCGCCCAAGGUCAUGUCUUAAAGCCCUCCACCGUCUGACCCAGCUCGGUCCGAGCUCAAGUUCCUCGUUCGUCUCCCACUUAGACCUCUCGGUUGACGACGGGCCGUGUCAUCAUGGGGCCGGCCGCUAUCCUCGCUCCGGCUACCCGUCCCCGCCGUCCGGGUUUGCUCUGGGUGGGCCGUUGGUUCGCGUUGAGCGGAUUCCUGGCUCUAGUCAGCGGUACGUCGCCGCCCUCGGAUUUGCCGGCUUCUUUUGUGUCCUCCGCCACGUCCUCGUCGCAAGGCCACUCCAAUAACUGGGCCGUGUUGGUGGACACGUCUCGUUUCUGGUUCAACUACCGUCACGUGGCUAACGUCUUGUCCAUUUACCGAAGCGUCAAACGUCUCGGCAUCCCCGACUCGCAGAUCAUCCUGAUGGUGGCCGAUGACAUGGCCUGCAACCCCCGCAAUCCCCGCCCCGCCCAGGUUUUCAACAACCAGAAUGAAAACAUUGACGUCUACGGGGACGACGUUGAGGUUGAUUAUCGGGGCUACGAAGUGACCGUGGAAAAUUUUGUGCGACUCUUGACAGGGCGCUUACCGGCCUCUACCCCGCGCUCCAAGCGUUUACUCACCGAUGCCGGUUCGAACCUACUCAUAUACAUGACGGGUCAUGGGGGCGAUGGCUUUCUCAAAUUUCAAGACUCUGAAGAGAUCACCAAUAUUGAGUUAGCCGACGCCUUUGAGCAAAUGUGGUCCAAGCGGCGCUAUCAUGAGAUCUUCUUCAUGAUCGAUACGUGUCAGGCGGCAUCCAUGUACGAGCGGUUCUAUUCGCCCAAUAUUCUGGCCGUGGCCAGUAGUUUAGUCGGAGAUGACUCAUUGUCCCAUCACGUGGAUCCUGCCAUUGGCGUGUAUAUCAUCGAUCGUUAUACAUACUAUGCCUUGGAAUUUCUGGAAACCGUUAAUCAGAACUCGGGGAAGACCAUGGGCGAGUUCCUUGAAGUGUGCCCACCCCGACUUUGUAUUUCUACUGUCGGCAAACGCACGGACCUUUUCGCCCGUAAUCCAUACAAGGUGCCUAUAACGGACUUCUUUGGCUCUGUCAGAAAUGUGGAAUUGACAACCACAUAUUCGAAUUACUCGCAAAUGCUAACGAACGAAAAUGACGAGGAUGCAGAAUGGUUUUUCCUCAAGGAUCCCCAAAGUCCUAUGAGGCUAGCGCGAUUCGGCUAUGCCUCGCAAUUGCCGGUUCUUGAGAGUCUAAUCCAUUGAGUGCCAGCCACGCAAUACGUCGUAAUCGAUGCAUUUCCAAUAAAAACGUAAAACGAA